AUGGGCAAGAAAAGGGUGGUGGUAUCGAGCAGUGAAACGACAGCGGUGGUGGUGGAGCAGCUGCGGGGGUGGGAAGGGUUGAAUCCAGAGAUACUAGCACUGAUUUUCGUAAGAAUACCAGCAGAUGCGAUGGUAAGGGGUGUGCCAUUUGUGUGUAAGCCAUGGAUGGAAGUGGUGGCCGGACCAUACUGCUGGCAUGAUAUCGAUGUGGAGGCGUGGUGUCGCCGUCGCGACGUAAGUCGUGCGGUGGACGUAGACUUCGUGGUGAAAAAGCUGGUCCGCCGGAGCAAGUUUACAGUUCAGCGACUUUCCGCCUAUCGCCUUGGAGAAUCCGGAUUCUUCUUAGUUUCCAUCUGUGGAAGAAGUCUGAAAGUUCUGCAAAGCCCGAUGAGUAGCAUCACUGAUUAUAUGGUUAUAAAACAUAUAAAGCCAUUGCCAAAUCUGAAACUUUUGGAUAUCAGCCAUUGUUACAAAAUCACACACAAAGGGAUUGCAGCAUUUGGGAAUCAUUGCAAGUCUUUGAUUCAUUUGAAAAGAAGGAUGCCUCCACUAUUAGAUGAAGAUUGUUCACCAAUCGAUGAUUCUGAAGCCAAAACCAUAGCUACCACCAUGGUUAGUCUCCAGCGUAUCGAACUUUGUUUUGGUCGAUUUGGUGAUAUGGGUAUUUCUGAAAUCGUCACAAAAUGUAAGUCGUUAACUCAUCUCGAUAUUGAAGGGAGUUGUAAUGUGGAAUUGAAUUAUGGUGAUCUUAAGGAGAUUUGUGAAAGCCUCGAGCAUUUCCGGUGCCCUCAGAUUGAUUAUAGUGAUGGUUUCUUUGACAAUGAUGAAGCUAGUGAAGACGUUGAUUCGGUGUCGUCGAUAUAUGAUUGA